UAAUGCCGCUAUGAAAAAAUCAAACUCUCGUGUGUUCACGAGUUGGUUCGUGUGUCCCACGAGAAAAACGAGGGAAGAAGAUGGCCGACCAAAAUUCAGAGGAUGUUGAAAUGGAGAGGGAAUCCAACCAUUCUGAUGGCUCCUCUGAUGAGAGUAUGGCCGAAACAACAGACUCAGUUGAAGACGAAAAGUUAGACCCCGAAGAGCUUGCCGAGAAAAACAAACAAGCGGGAAACGAAGCUUACACGGCAAAAGACUAUAAGUUGGCUGUGAAACAUUAUUCUGCAGCUAUUGAACUGAACAAGACUUGUGCAGCAUAUUAUGGAAAUCGGUCUGCAGCAUAUCUCAUGGCAAAAGAUUACAACCGUGCACUUGAUGAUGCCAACAUUGCCAUACGUUUGGACGAAAACUACAUCAAGGCAUAUUUCAGGAUUGCAAGAUGCAAUCUUGCUCAGGGCUCAACCGAGUCCGCUGAACGAGCUUUGGGAAAAGCAAAAGAAAUUGACCCGAACAAUAAAACUUUGGCCAAUGAGUAUUCAAGGGUCCAUCAAAUUCAACAAUUUGAAGCUUCAGCUUUCGAGGCUCAUGAUAAAAAAGAUUAUCGGAAGGUGGUGUUCUGCACAAGACGUUUACUGGAAUUGUCCCCAGACUGUGAUCUUUACAAAGUUUUGAGAGCAGAAUCCCUUGCUUUGAUGAAGAAAUAUACUGAAGCUGAAAUUGAGGCAAACUCGAUGCUAAGAGAAAAUAACAGAAAUGCAGAUGCGUUGUAUGUCAGAGGACUGUGUCUGUACUAUCAGGACUAUGAAGAUGAGGCAUUUCAGUGUUUCACCAGUGCUUUGAAAAUAGAUCCCGAUCAUAAAAAGGCAAAGGCGAUACGAAAGAAAGCAAAGUUAUUAAAGUCUACGAAAGAUGAUGGUAACGAAGCGUACAAAACGGGAAAAUUCCAAGAAGCAUACGAUUUAUAUUCCAAUGCUCUAGAAAUUGACCCAAACAACGUCUCAACGUGUGCAAAAUUAUUUUACAACAGAGGUGUCGUGGCAUCCCGGUUGAAAAUGAUGACAGAGGCCGUAGAUGACUGCACUGAAGCAAUAAAUCUGGAUGGAAGUUACUUAAAAGCUUACAUAAAGCGAGCAAAAUGUUACAUGGAAACGGAGAAGUACGAAGAAGCAGUCAGAGACUAUGAAAAAAUCUGCAAAAUGAAUGGAUCCAGAGAGCAUAAGAUGCUGCUUCAAGAGGCUAAACUUGAGCUAAAGAAGAGUAAACGGAAAGAUUAUUAUAAAAUACUGUCGUUGUCAAAGAGUUGUUCAGACGCAGAGGUGAAGAAGGCUUACAGAAGAGAAGCUUUGAAACAUCAUCCAGAUCGGCAUUCUGGAGCGACUGACCAAGUCAAAAAGGACGAGGAAAUGUUAUUCAAAGAGGUGAACGAGGCGUACAGCGUGCUGUCAGAUCCACAGAAGAAAGCGAGAUAUGACAGAGGCGAAGAUAUCGAUGGAAAUAGUUUCUCGACUGCAGAUUUCGAUCCGAACACGAUUUUCCAGGCCUUCUUCGGCGCUGGUGGUGGAUUUCCGAACUUUGGUGGACGACGCCAGGCCGGAGGAUAUCCUGGACACGAAUUUAACUUCACGUUUGGUUAAGGUGACAACAAAUUGAUAUCUGCAUUCUCGACAUAUACGGCGACCGUACGGUAAAAUAAAAACAUUUGCACAUGCAGUGUGAUGCAAAAAUUUGGCGUUUAACGUUGUACAGUAUUAUACAUUUAUACUGAAAUAUCACUGGGACAUAACAUUAUCAUUGACAUUCUUUAACUGUACAGUUGAACACACGCACUGCUUAAAUUAAAGGCCCGUUUACACUUGCGAUUUUUGCUGCGAUUUUCUCCUUUUGAUAGAUGUGAACGAGUGAAUUAGUCACGAAGGUUCCGAUGUGUACGAGCUCCUAUUUGAACAUCCGUGACUAAUUCACUCGUUCACAUCUAUCAAAAGAAGAAAAUUGCACAUUAAAUCGCAGCAAAUAUUACAAGUGUUAAUGGACCUAAAGAGUUCUUUCAACAGCGGAUAAUAAAUAAACUGGAGUGAUUGAAAAUUGGGUGGAAAUUUCAAAAUUUUGGUGUAAUAUUUAAAGAUACAAAACAGCUGUCGCUAGGCCAAAGGAACCGGCAAAUUUUCGAGAGUUAUUUAUGUAUUAUCCUUUUACCUAUAAAAUCUUGAAAUUUCUGCUUCAAUUAUAUAUAGUGGUUUUCAAUAGCUUCAGUGUCAUAUACAGCGCAUGCAGCGUUUAGCGUGAAGCAUUUCUUUCUGCCCAAGAGUCGAAAAAAAAUAAAAGGCAUCAAUGGUGUAUUGAGUUCGCUGAAUGUGAAGCCAAAUGUUGAGGUUAUUUUAAAUUUAC